AUGGACGCCAAAGUCGACGAGGAGACCCCCGUCUCCCGAGCUGCCGUGACCGACGCCGCCGAUGACUGCGAGCCCCAGUCGUCCGCCUCAACAAUCAGCGAUGGCGGCGUGCUUAUCGACGACCAGCAGCACCCAGAGCUGGACAAGCGCAUCGUGCGCAAGAUCGAUCUGAGGCUGUGCACCAUUGCGGGCAUCCUGUGUGCCCUCGACAGCGGCAUUAUGUCAAGUGCCUCGGCCACCUCCAUGCCCCAGGACAUCGGCCUGGUCGGCGGCCGCUACUCGACGGCAGUGUGGAUCGUCACCCUUGCUCAGGUGGUCUUCAAGCUGCCUGCAACCAUAGCGAUGCGAUUCGUUGGGCCGCCCAUCUUCUUCACCUUCGUGACCAUCCUCUUCGGGCUCAUCACCCUGUGUAUGGCAUACGUCGCCGACUGGAGGCAGAUGAUUGCUCUGCGCUUCCUGAUGGGCUUGGCCAUGUCUGGUAUCUAUCCUGGACUGGCAUAUCUGAUCGCCUCGUGGUAUCCGCGCAAGGAACAGCAGCUUCGCUUUGCCUACCUGCAGUCUGGGCAAGUUAUCAUCGUGGCCACUGGCAGCAUCGUCAACUACGGCCUCAAUUUCCUGGAUCACUCUCACGGAUUAAGAGGGUGGCAGUGGAUGUUUAUCGUCCAAGGGGCCAUUACCAUGUUCAUUGGUGUCGUGACCUAUCUCUGGGUGCCACAUUUCCCAGAGAAGAUCUCCAAAACACGCUGGUUUCUCACCCAGGCCGAAGCAGACGAAGUUAUUGCAACUUUAGACAGGGAAAGCAAAGAUGCCGGAGCCCCUGAGCCCUUUACACUCUCAGCGAUCCUCAAACCGUUCUUGGAUAUCAAGAUAUACGCCUUCAGCAUCUUGUUUUUCCUCCAAAAUGUUGUCUCGACCGCCUUGUCCUAUUUCAUUCCCACGAUCCUCAUCGGAAUGGGAUUCACAUCGAGUACGUCGAUCUUGCUGUAUGCGCCGCCGUACUACUAUGCAGUCAUACCGGUCAUCAUCACAUCAUUCAUCGCCGAUCGCAUUGCACUUCGCGGCCCGAUAAUCAUCUUCAAUGCCGUGUGUCUCAUCGUAGGCAUGUCCAUGCUCGGAUUCCCAAGCAAUGUCGCCGUGCGCUAUGUCGGCGUGCUGUUUGCCACGGGCGCCUACGUGUCAAACUGGGCUGCAUUGAACGCUUAUCAGAUGAACAACAUCACAGGCCAGUGGAAGCGCGCCACGGUGGUCGCGACACAUCACUUACUUCUGCUUUACGUUUUCCACUCAUUGGAGAUGGACCACCUACCUCUACCCAAGAACUCUCCCCUGGACCCUGUCGAGGUUCCCUACAGCUGCACAAUCGAUUACGAUGGAGGGCCAAUGCUCGAGUAUCCGGUUCGCCGUGGCUGGAAGGUCAAAUAUUCACCAUAUGGUAUCAGAUACCUAGACGAGAAUGGUGUCAAGCCAACCAACGCCAAACUGGACGCUUUCAUCCAGACAUGGCUUUACUUCGGUUUCCUGCACGAGCUGUUCGGCGACUUUGCCGACAUCAAGUCUUUUGUGACAAAAAGCACCCAUGGCAAGCCUGUGGUGACUACCGCCCCUCUACAGAGUUGUGUCGAGGUGCUUUUCAAGCGUUGGAAGGGAGACUCCCCGCCUUAUGGAUCAGAGGGUUCAGCGGCACUACAGGGCGUCUCCCAGUUGAAUCACUUCGUCGGCAAGAUCUCACUCAACACCAAGUCGGUCUAUCGAAACAAGGAGGUAGAUGACCGGAUAUGGCUUUCUAUUGCUAUCCUCAGUGAGACACUUAACCGCAUACACACAAACCAUUUCAUCGGAGAAGAAGACGAGGGUAUUGACGACCAGAGUGUGACUUGGCGGGCCCAGGGUAACCCUACCUUCAGACAAUUUCUAGUGGAUGAGAUGGCGAAGAAGGGCUGGUGCCCAUUCGACAUCGACAGAGUCGACAAGUCGGCAACCUCGGCGACAUUAUUCUACUACAUGGCCCAUCUGCCGCCUCCUAGGCCAAACAUGGACCACUCGCUCUGCACAAAGGACGUCUGUACCUCAGAGUUCUCCGACCCUCGAGGUGUCAUCAAUGCUCUACAGGGCGAUGAGAUUCCCCUCAUCCAAGAAGUGAUCCAGCUCGAGAUGCUUGAGGGGCCAUCAAAAGAAUCCGAUGGCCCGCACACCACGAGGUUUAUAGAGGCUACUGAUGUCGAGCCAAAAUUUCGAAUCAUCGAGAGCGGAAAAGGGAGGAAUUUCGUCGCCAUUUCGCACGUCUGGGCGGAGGGUCUGGGAAACCCCAAUGGCAACUCACUUCCAUCGUGCGCUCUGAAAUGGAUCUCCAAUACUGUGGACAGGUUCGAAUUCCACAGCGACGAUGAGUCUGAGGACGACGAACAGCAUGAACGGCCAUUGGAAGAAGCCAGGAAAGGUAAGACGCCUUUCUGGCUUGACACGAUCUGCGUCCCUGUAUCCCCGCCCGAGAUGUGGACAAGGGCCAUGAACCGCCUCCGCAAGCCAUACCAGGACGCAGCUCUCGUCCUCGUCCUGGACUCGUACCUCUACACCCAGGACACGAGGGACAUCGACGACGUGGAGAAGUGGGCGCGGAUCCUCUGCUGCAGUUGGUCUCGCCGCCUGUGGACAUUCCAGGAGGGCCGCCUGGCCAGGCCCGGACGCCUAUGGGUUCUGUUCAAGGAUAUAGCGAUGUCUAUGGAGGACAUCUGGCGCGGGUUCAACCAGACCCUCGCCACCGAGGAACUCCUAACCGAGCUCCACCUCAAGUGGCGCGGCAGCAAUACCAUCCGAGGCCUCGCAGAGACGGGCGGGCCUGUAUCCGAGAGCAUUCUGGAAAGUUUCAGACCCGAGCCAGACAUCUGGGACAUGCGCGAGUCGCUUAAGGCGCGCGCGGUGAGCGUGCCCGCGGACGAGGUGCUGUGCCUGUUCUGCAACAUGGGGUUGGACAUGGAGCUGGUGAUGCGCACGCCGCCUGACGACAGGCUCGCUGUCUUCUGGCGGAACGUGAGGAAGAUCCCAGUGGGGCUGGUCUUCUCGACGGCGCCGGAGAAGAUGACUGUUCCUGGGCUCCGGUGGGCGCCCACGUCGUUUCUGGGGAGCAUGGACAAGACGUUCUGGUACAUUGAGCAGUCUCUCAAGCCUCGAAGGGAUGGCUUUGUUACGCAAUAUGGGCUGCAGAUCCAGGUCCCUGCGUUGCUGUGUGACCCCAAGCUGUUGCUCUGGGAAGAGUCAUACGAAACGAUAUUCGAGAACGGAGAGAGUCAUUUUGCCCUGAGGGAUGAAGAAGGACACUGGUAUUUUGUUGAGACGCGUGCCUUCUGGAACCAGGGCCGAACGGAGCGCCCCAAGGAAGAUGAGAGACUGGCCUUUCUACACGUUCAGCAUAUUGAGGAUCUCGACAGGGACUCGACAGGAGCACUGGGACAGACGACUGGCGAUCCCUUCGAUUUCAAGCUAUCUGUACAGGCUGUGCUCGGUAUAGUUGAGGACCCGGUUUCAUCUGAAGAAGAAGAUGGGGAAGGCUGUCGGGGCACUGAUGAAGCGGCCAAGGUGCUGGACAGACCGCCUGACACACCUGACCCCAGGAAUUUACCUCGCUUCAGGGGCUAUCGACAUUUGAGCCUGCACAGGUUCUCGGACGCUAUGUGCGAAUACUAUUGCGCUAUAGCUGCUACAGUGGAGGUGUUUGUGGCUAUUGAGUGCGGAUAUCAAGUGCGUUGUGUUGACGAGACCGGGAAAGAAGUCGAUCUCGUCUCGAAGAUAUUUCGACAGCAAUCUGAGAACGACACAAGCUCUAAGGAUGUGGAUGUCACUCAUGAUAGCCACAGCGCACCCAUAAAUGCGACAGCGACUUUGACUGGUGGAAACGAAACCAAUGGAGGCGAAGAACUUGCGCAAGAUCUAGAGGACCUAGAUCUUGAGGGCAAACCUGAAGACACUGACAGCCCAACAAUGACAGAAGGCAAUGUCGAUUCUGUUGGGCAGGGACAGGAGGUUCCCGUGACGGACGGACAGCAUCAGGAGGCAGACUCGGGCAGUGAUACCGACGGCCAUGAGUCCGACACAGACGACGAAGACGACACAGAAAGCUCCGGAGAGACGCCAGACACAUAUACUCUCAAGGAGUUUAGUCGCGAUCAUUGCGAAAGAAACGAAGAGCAAAGCUAUGAUCACUUCGCAAAAUCUGCGCGAUUUCAACUGCAGAUGAGAAGACGGAAUGGCAUGAAACGCUUGAAGAGGGACACAUGGUGGAUCAUUGACUGA